CCACGUCAAUAUGUGUGUUUUUCCAUAAAAGAAAAAGUGAAGACAUUCAAGUGCUGUCACUUUCCGGCGAAUUUGGUUCUGUACAACAGACUUUAGACAUCUCCCUCUCUUUACCUGCUUUUUUUUUUUUUGCUUUCCUUUAACUGCAAUUUCUAUAUUCUCUCAUAUUACAAUGUAUAUCCACUGUCGUGGGUUUCAAGCUUUUGUCAACAUAUGGGUUGCAUCAUCUCUUCUCGAAGUAAGAACCGGUGUCGCCGGAACACCGUCCUCGCUUCCAAGUUCCUCCACCAGCAACAAUAAUAGCUAAUGAUGAUGAUGAUCAUCAAGCACAGAACAAGUCUCUCCCUCUCCCUCUCCCUCUCUCUCUCUUCUCUUUUUAAGACUCUCCUUCUCCUUAUUGAUUCUCAUUUGAUAAACAGAUUGGGAGAGGAACAUUCAGCAAGGUGUUCAAAGCUAAAGAUCUUCACCGGAACAAGAUCGUAGCUCUGAAAAGAAUCCGUUUCGAUCUAAACGACUCAGAAAGCAUCAAGUGUAUAGCCAGAGAGAUCACAAUCCUCCGCAAGCUAGACCAUCCAAAUGUCAUUAAACUAGAAGGGCUAAUGCUUGUAGAACACGACUCCUCUAUCCUCUACAUGAUCUUUGAGUACAUGGAACAUGACCUCUUAGGACUCUCUUCACUACUCGGUGUCGAAUUCUCAUAACCUAAGAGGAGGAUGUAUCUCUAUGGUUGAAUGGGAAGGGUCAAUAUAAAAGGUCUUUCUCAUCAAGAGAAACAUGGCAGUUCACUAGAGAAAGACAUCAACUCUGCCACUGGUACAAUGAAGUGUGGUUCAAAUAUGCAACACCUAAAUAUUCAUUCAUAUUAUGGACGGCAAUGAAAGGAAGACUUGCUACUGGAGAUAUGAUGAGAUAUUGGUAUGGGAAUGUCAAUGUAUCUUGUGUCUUAUGCAAUGAGCCAUUGGAAACUCUUGAGCAUUUAUUCUUUGAAUGUGCUUAUUCUGCUCAGAUUUGGGAGGCUUUGAUGAAGGGGGUUUUGAGAGAUAAGUACACAGUGAGAUGGGAAGAGUUACUGAGAAUUAUGAGGGACUCGACGAGGAGGAAGAUGCAUUUGUUUCUCAUUAAGUAUAUGUUUCAAGCGACGGUGAAUAUGGUUUGGAGAGAGCAGAAUAGAAGAAGGCAUGGGGAAGUUGAAGCUCCAGCAAUCCUAUUGAUAAAGCUUCUUGAUAAAAAUAUGAGAAACAGCUCACAUUUAGUGCAGAGAAAUGGAGAUAGAGAGAUUGGAGAAGGGAUGCAACAUUAGUUUGAUACAAGAUAGAAGUUUCAUUUUAAAGUUUAUUUGAGAAGUUAAUACAGGAGGAGAAAGUUAGUUAGAGUUUUUAUUUUGAUUCAAGAUUAAAAAAGGACAUACAUGAUGUAAAAAAGUCUUUUCUUUUGAAUUAAAUUUAACAUUCAAUUCAAAAAAAAAUACAAAGUAACUCCGAAUCUCCGAUUCUCAAAGUACCAGCAAACAUCAAACAAACCGAACUAAACCGAAUCGGUUAACCAUUAGAUUGUUCUUCAAGUUAACGUAACCUAAAGAGAAUAAAAAUGAUAAGCCACUUAGCCUUCUGGAUUGGGGUCCACGUCAAUAUGUUUGUUUUCCUUUAAAAGAAAAAAGUUAAGGUUGAGAGUGCUGUCACUUUCCGGCGAAUUUGGUUCUGAACAGCCUUCAGACAUUUCCUCCUUUCCGCUUUUUUAUUUGUUACUUUAUUUGCAAUUUCUAUAUUCUGUCUCUUCUCCAUCAUAUUCACAAUGUUAACACAUUCAUUCAGUGCCGUGUGUUUCAAGCUUUUAUCAUCAUGGGUUGCAUCAUUUCUUCUCGGAGAAAGAAACCGGCAACACAAGAGUCGCCGGAACACCGUCCUCGCUUCCACAUGCCUCCAUCAAGAACGGUGAUAGCUGAGGGUGAUGGUGAUGGUCAAGCUCAAAAGGUUUCAGAGUUGUUGAAGGCAAGUGAUAAUAAGUUAGGUCUUAAGGAGCUGAAGAGAGAAGAGAGCGUUCUUGUUGUUAAUCCUCCUCCUCGCUCAUCAGAACUAGCUGACUCCGGUUGGCCGCCGUGGCUUAUCUCCGUCGCUGGUGAAUCUCUUGCUGGUUGGAUUCCUCUCCGUGAAUCUCACUUCGAGAAGCAAGAACAAAUUGGGAGAGGAACAUUCAGCAAGGUGUUCAAAGCUAGAGACCUUCUCCGCAACAAGACCGUAGCUCUCAAGAGAAUCCGUUUCGAUGUCACCGACUCAGAAAGCAUCAAGUGUAUAGCCAGAGAGAUCACAAUCCUCCGCAAGCUAGACCAUCCAAACAUCAUCAAACUAGAAGGGCUAAUGCUUGUAGAACACGACUCCUCUAUCCUCUACAUGAUCUUCGAAUACAUGGAGCAUGACCUCUUAGGACUCUCUUCACUACUCGGUGUCGAAUUCUCAGAACCUCAGGUUAAAUGCUACAUGACGCAGCUCUUAAGAGGGCUUGAUCAUUGUCACACCAACCAUGUGCUUCACAGAGAUAUAAAAAGCUCUAAUCUUCUCAUAAACCAACAUGGAGUCCUCAAGAUUGCCGAUUUUGGGUUGUCAACGUUCUUUGAUCCUCACAACAGUGUUCCUUUGACUACCAACGUUGUAACUCUAUGGUACCGACCUCCUGAGCUUUUGCUUGGAGCUUCUCGUUACAGUGUUGGCAUCGACAUGUGGAGCACAGGCUGUGUAAUAGGUGAGAUAUACGCUGGAAAGCCUAUCCUUCCUGGUAAAAACGAGACAGAACAACUGCAAAAGAUAUUCGAGUUGUGUGGAUCACCUUCAGAGGAUUAUUGGACUAAGCUAAAGCUCUCGGCUCCGUUAAGACCAAUGUUUCCAUAUGGAUCAAAUAUAGAAGAGACAUUCAAAGAGUUUCCGGUUCCUGUUAUUUCUCUUCUAGAGACUUUGCUCUCUAUAGAUCCGGGUCUUCGAGGCACUGCAGCUACUGCUCUCAACAGCGAGUACUUUAACACUGAGCCAUUGGCUUGUGAUCACUCUUCUCUACCAAAGUACAUUCCCAGUAAAGAAAUGGACAUCAAGAAGCGCGGUGAAACUAGAAAGCAAGCUUCACAAAUUAGAACAACAAACGAAUCUCAAGCUGUAGAGCCAAUUCAAGAAGAUUCUUCUCUCACACAGCAGCUUCAGAGAACGUGUUCAGAAUCCACAAGCAGAGAAACUUCAUAUACAAAGUCUUACGAGGAAGACGAGACUCCUAGACAAAUGCAAACAGCUACGGACAUGACAACCGAUGAUGAAACUGGAGCAGAAGACUCUUACACGUCUCCAUAUGGGCACAACCAGAAUCUAGCUGGAUCGGUGAAUAUGGAGGAAGACAUACCUUGGCCAAUGAGUCCAUCUAGAGUUUAUGAGAAUGGGACAUCUUCUUCGGAGAGAGUAGGCAUCAUGCACACUCUGAUUGAGAAUUGUACUGUCAAUUAGAUUCAAUGGAGGAUAAAAAAAACACAUUCAAACACACAUAAUAAACAACAUUCUUGCUUUUUAUUC